AUGGCAGAGUUUCAGAACGAGUCAGCCUUCUGCGGCGCCGGUAUACCAGUGGUCGAUCUUAACAAUGACGCUACGGCGACAAAGUGGUACUCGACUCCGACUCAGGUCCUACUGGCGAACAUUGGAAUCCCUGCAGUUCUCACCAUUGGUAUUCCUGCCAAUCUCGCUUUCCUCUUCAUGCUGUACCGAGUUCCCCGUAUGCGAACGGUGACCAAUUUCUAUCUGGCCAAUCUAGCGGUCUCGGAUACUCUGUAUCUGUGUUUCUACUCCCUCAUCUACAUCCGGUCUCAUCGACGCACCCCGUUCUGGCCGCUUCACGAGAAUUCAGAGGCAGCUUGCCUGACCCAAUCGGUAACGCUUGACCUGUUCUAUUUCUCCUCCAACUACCUGAUAACUUUGGUUGCAGUGGAGAGAUACUACGCCGUGUGCCACCCGCUGCGGAGCUUACAGCGAGCUAGUCCGUAUCGCCGUGUCGCACUCGUGGUCGUUACGUGGGCCCUCGCAUUGGCUUUUGCCGUAGUAGUCUGUCCUCGUCUCGGCAGCUUACAGAAAGUCUGCAUCAUCUGGCCCGAAACUAAUCACCUCACAUCUCAAGCAACUGCACUUACUUUCUGCUGGGCUAGUAAACAGUGGAGCCUUCUUCUAAGCUACUGUCUCUACGUUGGUAUAUGGUCUAUAGGCGUCGUAGCGAACCUUGUCAUGUACGUACGGAUUGUACGUCGCCUGGGCAGGCGCAACAUAGGUCCUCAACAAAACGCAAUGAAUGUACGCAACAAAGUGGCACGGAUGCUCAUCAUCAACAGCGCGGUUUUCUUCAUCUUACAGAUGCCUCGCGUAGUUGUCUUCAAUGUUUUCGCUUUAGUCUCCGCUUCGAAAGGAGGCAACGCCAUGCCGACGGGAGAUGCAGCUACGAUCUUUCCCAUCGCAGUGUUCCUCGUCUUGUUGAAUUCAGCUGUCAAUCCGUACAUCUUUACCCUAACAAACCCGAAAUACCGACAGGCUUUGAGGGAUGCAUUGUGUUGCUGCUGCCCGAAACGGCGAGUAGGUGUGGCAACUGAUACUGGCCCACCUGAGCAAAAUGACCCAGGGAAUCCAGGAACACAACAAACAUUGCAAACGCGGACGUAA